CUUUGAUCAAAUGAUCAACACAAACUUAAGACCACAACCUCAUUAUCUUCCUCACCAAAUGAGAGGCCCUGAAAAUUCUUUCUACUUCUCCAAAACAAACACACUUUAUCCUCAAACAACACAAAAUUGCCACAUACACCCAAUCUCACUGUAUUACUCUACUCCCUUCAAAGGGAAUAACCAUUUUAACCAUAUGAUGCAAACCCUUGAUCUUGAUGUGAAUAUACAGCCAAAUCUUAUUGUGGGUUGUGUCACAGCAUGUCUAUUUUCCAAGUAUAAAAACAACUUCAAGAGUGGAGUUUGCACACCAAGUGUUUGCUAAAUUGUCUUAACUAAAAUUACUAUCACCAAUUCACCAUGGCAAAGCCAGUUUCAAUUGAGGUGUACAAUCCAAGUGGAAAAUACAGAGUUAUUAGCACUAAAUCCAUGCCUGGAACUCGGUGGAUCAAUCUUUUAGUUGAGCAAGAUUGCAGAGUGGAGAUUUGUACCCAGAACAAAACCAUCUUGUCUGUUGAGGAUAUUAUUGCUUUAAUUGGAGACAAAUGUGAUGGGGUGAUUGGGCAGUUAACAGAAGAUUGGGGAGAGACUUUAUUCUCUGCAUUGAGCAAGGCAGGUGGGAAAGCAUUCAGUAACAUGGCUGUUGGUUACAACAAUGUUGAUGUUAAUGCUGCGACCAAGUAUGGUGUUGCUGUUGGAAACACUCCUGGAGUUCUCACUGAGACCACAGCAGAAUUAGCGGCUUCGCUGUCCUUGGCAGCUGCCCGAAGGAUAGUUGAAGCAGAUGAGUUUAUGAGGGGUGGUCUUUAUGAAGGAUGGCUUCCACACUUGUUUGUUGGAAACUUGCUCAAAGGGCAGACUGUUGGUGUGAUUGGAGCUGGCCGUAUUGGGUCUGCUUACGCCAGAAUGAUGGUUGAGGGAUUCAAAAUGAACUUGAUAUACUAUGAUCUGUACCAAUCAACUCGCCUGGAGAAGUUUGUCACAGCUUAUGGUGCUUUCCUGAAGGCCAAUGGUGAGCAACCUGUUACUUGGAAGAGAGCAACGAGUAUGGAUGAAGUGCUUCAACAGGCUGAUGUGAUAAGUCUACAUCCUAUAUUGGAUAAAACAACAUACCAUCUUGUCAACAAAGAGAGACUGUCAAUGAUGAAAAAGGAAGCAAUUCUCAUUAACUGCAGUAGAGGUCCUGUCAUUGAUGAAGCCGCUCUUGUUGAACAUUUGAAAGUGAACCCCAUGUUUCGAGUUGGUCUUGAUGUCUUUGAGGAUGAGCCGUUCAUGAAACCUGGUCUUGCUGACAUGAAGAAUGCCAUUGUGGUACCACACAUAGCUUCAGCUUCUAAGUGGACUCGUGAAGGAAUGGCAACACUGGCAGCUUUGAAUGUCCUGGGAAAAAUCAAAGGAUACCCAGCAUGGGCUGAUCCCAACCGUGUUGAGCCAUUCUUGAACGAGAAUGCUCCUCCACCGGCAGCUUGUCCUAGCAUUGUCAAUGCUAAAGCUCUAAGUUUACCAGUUUCAAAGCUGUAGGAAGUGGAAGCAUGACAUUGACUAGAGUUUUUGCUGCAAUAGAUUUGUGCAUUACGAAUAAAUACUCUUUGGAGAGAGCUUGAUGGAAGCAUAUGUAACAAAUAUACUCCUACUACACAGCAUAAACUGACUUGAUGUUUGUAUAUUGGCUCAUAUAUCUAUCCAUUUUCACUUCCAAUCAUCUAUGUAUGUAGAGAGAUCAUAGAUUUUUCAUUUUCCUUGGUUCGUUUUUCUACCGAUGUAUGCUAGUUAAACUUGAAAUUCUAGCAGUAUUGUUCACAUAUGUAGUUUUGGUACUUUGAAAUGAACGAGAAGUUGAGGGUUUUACGUGCA